AUGAGCAGUACCAUUCUCAUGACCUUCUUCACAGCCAUUGCUUUUCUGGUUCAAUCAUUGCAAAACUACAUCAUCCAGCAUUCUGCAGUGAACGAAAAUGAAGAUCAGGAAAGUGAUUAUUGUUCAGUGUGUCUGAGCCAAAUCUGUAAAGGGGAAAAAGUUAGGUCUCUUCCAGUAUGCAAUCACAGGUACCAUGCUGAUUGUAUUGGUGCUUGGCUUAAGAACAAUACCACAUGCCCUCUUUGCAGGAACAAAAUCACCGAUCACAGCCUCCAAAAGCAUAAACAUGUGAAGAACUUAGCAGAAUCUCUGUUUAAUCUCAUACAGAGUUUCACAGAUCUGUUGGUAGCUAUUCUCUACAUGCUACUUCCAUCCACCGUCACUCAGAGUUUCCCUUUGGUUCACUACUGA